AUGGUCCAGCUCAUCACCCUCGGCUUCCUCCUCCUUGGCGCCCUCGCCUCCACCACCCAGGCAUGCACCUACUGCCAAUGCGAAUUCGCCAACAGCGACCACUGCUGCGUGUACUCGGACGCGAGUGUCGGAGAGUUGGACUGCGCGUCUAUCUGCGCUAACGCUCAUCGCGCGGAUGGGGUCAGCAACGCGGAUGGCACGGCCGGCACGGCCUGCAAUGCUGGGGGCAAGUACGAGUGUAUCAGUGCGUUCACGGCGCUGGAUCGGACACCUUGCUAUACCGAGUAG